UGUUUGAUUCUUUCACCACAGCAACACCAGUUUGUUCGAUUGGUUGAUCUGCUUCUCCGGCAACUUGGUCUCAAUCUUCCCUUUAUUGUCCGAUGAGGAUCAUCUUCCGACACAGACACACUCACUUCUAGAGAGAGAAAAACACAACACACACACAGUUCUAGAGAGAGAAACAGUGAUUGGUGGCUGAUUGAUUUCAGCUGAAAAACUGAGAGGGUUUGUUGAUAUGAGAGCUGCUAUCCCUUGCUGGUUUCUGUGAGGGGUGGCUCUGAUUCGCUUGGAUUUGACAUGGGUGGGUGUUUUCCUUGCUUUGGAUCAUCCAACAACGAAGACAGUACUGGUUCGGUGAAAGAAGUUGUAAAGAAAGAGUCUUUCAAGGAAGCUUCUCUUCCUCAGUCUCUCCACCCCAUCAGGGUCAGCUCAGACAAAUCAAAAUCACGAAGUGCCUCAGAUCCUAAGAAGGAAACACCUGUUGCAAAGGAUGGGCCAACUGCCCAUAUUGCUGCUCAAACAUUUACGUUCCGAGAGCUUGCAGCUGCUACAAAGAAUUUUAGGCCAGAAUGUUUAUUAGGGGAAGGAGGCUUUGGACGUGUUUACAAAGGUCGUCUUGAGAGCACAGGACAAGUAGUUGCAGUAAAACAGCUUGACCGAAAUGGUCUUCAAGGCAAUCGAGAGUUUUUGGUUGAAGUUCUCAUGCUCAGCCUCUUACAUCAUCCAAAUCUUGUGAACUUAAUUGGUUAUUGUGCUGAUGGUGAUCAGCGUCUGCUUGUUUAUGAAUUUAUGCCUUUGGGAUCUUUGGAGGAUCAUUUACAUGGAGACAAGGAGCCUCUGGACUGGAACACUAGGAUGAAAAUAGCUGCUGGUGCGGCAAAGGGAUUGGAAUAUUUACAUGACAAAGCAAACCCCCCUGUGAUAUAUAGAGACUUAAAAUCAUCCAACAUCCUCCUAGAUGAGGGUUUUCAUCCCAAGCUAUCAGAUUUUGGGCUGGCAAAACUUGGGCCAGUUGGCGACAAGACUCAUGUAUCUACACGAGUAAUGGGAACAUAUGGCUAUUGUGCCCCAGAAUAUGCUAUGACUGGUCAACUAACUCUGAAAUCUGACGUCUACAGUUUUGGAGUUGUCUUCCUUGAACUUAUCACUGGGCGCAAAGCCAUUGAUAACGCGCGUUCACAUGGAGAGCACAAUCUUGUUGCUUGGGCACGUCCUCUUUUCAAAGACCGUAGGAAGUUCCCCAAAAUGGCCGACCCUCUACUUCAAGGCCGUUAUCCUAUGCGAGGGCUGUACCAAGCACUUGCAGUCGCAGCAAUGUGUUUGCAGGAACAAGCUGCUACUAGGCCGCUUAUUGGGGAUGUUGUGACUGCUCUCACGUAUCUGGCUUCCCAGACAUAUGAUCCAAAUGCACCCAAUCAGUCUACCAGGGUUGGUCCAUCAACCCCCAGGAGCAGGGAUGACAGGAGGAGCAUGGCAGAAAGUGUAGAUAGCCCAGACCGUGGCCGACUCGGCUCCCCUUCCACCCACAGAAACUCACCUGACUUCAGAAGGAGAGAUGGCAGGGAUCCAAGUGCUGGGAGCGACAAUGGUGGCGGGUCAGGGAGAAAAUGGGGAUUGGAUGAGUUAGAAAGACAGGAUUCUCAGAGAGACAGCCCUGUGAGUGCUGGAAGAGCUAGAGAGACUCCAAGGAACCGCGACCUCGACCGAGAACGCGCAGUUGCUGAAGCAAAGGUUUGGGGUGAGAAUUGGAGAGAGAAGAAGAGAGCAAAUGCAAUGGGGAGCUUUGAUGCUACAAAUGAGUGAAGAAACACAUUGCUGUUUAGGGUCUAGUGAAGAGUUUUAUGAUUGAGUCACAGGGAGAGAUCAUGUUGGUUUUCAUGUCUAUCCAUCCAACAUUGACUGUUCUUCCACAUCAUUCUAGUAGUCAUUCAUCAUGUGAAGCAAACACUUUUUUUUUUUUCAAAGAAGUUGGGGGAAUGGGGAGAAAUUAGUAUGGGUUGGGGUUUAAAAUGUAAUCAUGCUGUGGAAUGUGAAUUCAAUGUCCUCAUCUAUGUAUUAACGAUUUCUAGGUUCUUGUUGGUUGCAUUGAGCAACAAAAGUGUCUAAUUUUUGGGCCUUCAUGUUUGCUCUGCAUACUGGGGGUAGCUUAGUGGAUUUGGUGUGGGUGUCAUUGGUGUCGCAUGUUAUCUCGUACAGUAUCCUAUCCUAUCUAUUGUAUUUCUGAGUCUAUGUUUUCGGCUUAUACAAAAAAACAUGUUGAUUA